AUGUCAGUGCGCAUGAACACGACGCUUUAUAGCGAUGCGAACCGCCUCGAGCGCGGCGACUUCCUGCUUUUCCACUGCGUACAGCUGUCGCAGCACGAGCGCGACGUGCAGCGGUACUUCAUCGGCUGCUACUUCCCACGCUGGCGCGGCUUCUACGUGGAGGAGGUGCGGGAGCUACCAGGGCCGCUCGGCUACAAAGUGCCGCGCCACUUCCCCGCGUACCCCUUCGAUGUGUAUGUGAAGGAUGACGGCGAGCACUUCCUCACCGAUGACUUUCAGGUCGGCACCGUCUUCACGCUGGGCGCACCGCAGAACCAGCGCGACGACGCGGCGAAGCGGUACAAGGUUGUGCACUGCGACGACACGCGCCUGCGCACUCGCACCGGCGCCGCACUGGCGGCCAUUGGCAACGACAUCACAACGAGGCUCAACCACACACACCGCGUCGCGGGCGAGGCGGUGGAGCUGCUGUGCGAGAUAAGAGAGGCGUAUGUCAUGCACGCCGGCAACGGCAUCCCAGAGAUCGGCAUAAAAGCGAUGGGCCGCCACUUCCGCCGCGUAAGCGCGGAUGGAAAACGGUGGAUGUCGCUGGAGAACAUCGAGAAGUUUGUGCGUGACUCGCGCGCAUUCACCACGACGCUCUCGUUCAACGACACACAGCAAUCAAGCCUUAGAAUUAGCCACAUUGCAGAGACCAUCCACGCCGCGUUCCCGCAGAACGAGGAGGGGUGCAUCGACUAUGACUUCUUUAUGGAUUACGUUCGCGGACCGAUGAGUCAGAGGCGAAAGGACGCCGUGUGGAACAUCUUCCGCAAACUUGACUUUGAUGGCAACGGCUACCUUAACAUUUUAGACAUCCAGGCCCGCUACAACGCGCAGGAGCACCCCGUGGUGAUGGUGGAGCGGCUCUUUUCUGCUGACAAGCUUCUGAAGGGAUUCCUUACUGUAUGGGAUGAGAACAAGCAGUACGGGCUGAUCCCCUACUCCGAGUUUGUUGAUUACUACAACGGCGUCAGCGCGGUGAUCGAGGAGGACGAUGUCUUCUUUGACAUAUUGAAGAAUCAGUGGAAGGAGAUGCGUGACUGGGUAGCUUGA